AUGCGACAAUCUGAAAAUUGCAUAACAACUUCUUCUCAUCAAAUGGUAUACCUAAAUUUCUUGCUGAUUUCCCAAUUGUGUACCUGCUCCCUCUUCCCCCAAAAAAAACUUUUUGAAGAGGUGAAGGUAUUCAAUAUAAAUAUAAUUUGCUACAAGGGUUACAUCGCUGGUCAGCUCGUCAAAAUUUUUCCUAAAAAAAGCAUACCAGUUAGUGUUCUGAUCUUCUAUGCAAUAUUCUGGAGGUAUAUAGAAUCCCUAUUUUCAUAUUGUUAUAAUGUUUAUAACAAGUUUUUCUUGACUGGAUUGCCAUUAAAAAUAUCAAGAUUUCUGGAGGCAUUCCUAAGUUUAUUGUAA